AUGUUGUUUCACUUCUUACUUUUUCAGCUUGUGAUGGAUCGUUUUUGGCGCACUAUGAUUUUUAAUGUUGGUUGUUCCUAUAAGCUUCAGUACUGUUGUUGGGAUAGUGUCUCUAAUGCGGAAAAUAUACAGAUGCAAAUACUUAGUAAAGAUUUUCCUUGUAUACUGAAUGCUUAUACGGUGUUUAUCGACUGCAAAGCUCUCGUGAAUAUUUCUCAGAUAGAAGCUGCUGUUACUCAAGCUUUAAUUUAUUACAUUGAUAAAACUUCAGGUGGUAUGCAUACACGAGAGUUGACUACAGAGAUUUUGUAUUGUCUAAGUCCAAAUCGAUCGAUAAAACAUGCUAUGGAUACAUUUGGAAUUCAACCUUCCACGAAACAGUUAAUCGUUGGUGUCCUUCAUUCAACAGAUGCUUAUAAUUCAAAUGAUAUUGUUUUACAAGAUUACUUAUCUCAAAUCUCAAAGAUUGUUCAAGGUACUAUGAGUAUCGAUAUGUCGAAGAAAUUAGCUAUGAACAUUGAUGCAGUUUGUCAUGAAUACGGAAUAACAAGUGUUGAAAGAAAUAUGAUCAAUCAAUCAGAAGAUCCUCAAAAGUCUUUGCUUGAAAGUGUAUUUAGUCGUAUGGCUUCAAGAGAUCUACUCAGACCUUGA